AUGAUAUAUCUGUCUUCUCGUUUUUCACAACGAAACCUUCCAUUAUUUAGACUAACGUUAUGUAGACAUUUUCCUACUUUUUCGCGUCGUGGACCGAGUAGACGAAGAGAUCCAGUAGCUGAAUUAUAUGAUAUUGAAAAUAUGCCAGUGUAUGAGUUUGAUGCAAUGACCAAGCCCGGAUUUGAUAUUUUUUUGGCUCAGCAAGAAGUUAGAAAUUACUUGAGAAAAACCAAAUAUGAGCUGCCUCAACUUUCAAAGUUCGCAGAAGAGUUUAUACCGCCUUCACCAACUUCAAUUUUAUGUUUUAAAAAUUCAUAUUACAUAGGAGAAUCUUCGCCAAUACAAAAUAAAGUAGUCCUUACCAUAGAAUUACAUUCUAUAAAGGCAUUACUUACACAAAAACAAUUACAUAAAUUUGUUUUAUUAUGUGGACCUAGAUUUAAUGGGAUAGAAUUUAAAUUUUCUUGCGACAAAUUUCCUCAUGCUAAUCAAAAUAAAAAAUAUUUAAGUGAUUUGGUUGAUAAACUCUUAGAAGAAGCUAAGAAGAUGAUAAAUUUGAAGAUAUUCCAAUGGAUACAAGACAUAUAG